AUGCCUAGGACAUCCUUUAUAUAUCUACUUGAUUAUGUUGAUGACAUAAUCAUUUUUGGCCCUUCUCUUGAUGCAUUGAAUUCUUUAAAUUUAUUUUUGAAUUCAAAAUUCAGACUCAAGGACCUAGGACAGUUAAAGUAUUUUUUGAGGCUUAAAAUAUCUAGAUCAACUAUUGAAAUUGUCCUCUCAGAGUUCCAUUAUACUUUACAGUUACUUGAAGAAAAUGAUUUUUUGACAUCAAAACCAAGUACUCCCAUGGAUUCAAAGGUGAAAAUUAAAACUAAUAUAAGAGAAUUACUAAAUGAUCCAUCACAAUACAGAAAACUAAUUAGAUAA